AUGUCAUCGACUUGGAUCGAUCAGGUCAGGUCAUCGCAUAACCUGCAACUGGCAGCCACAGCAGUUGCCUCUGGCCUGCUGGUUGGCAGUGCGAUUUUGGGGUUGCAAAAGGCAAAGCAAGAGUAUCGUGUUUCUGAUCUCAAGAGCUCGAUUCCUGAUCUUGACAAGGAUGAGAAUGUCGUCCAAAUAAACAAUUUCGGCGGUGCUGUGCAAGAUGGCUCCAAGUCAUCAAAGGAAGACGAGAGAGGUGCUGCUCUUGCUGUGAGAGCACGUUUGGGAGACUACGACGAAGAACUCAUCUUGGAACAACUAGCCCGCAACCGCGUCUUCCUCACCGACGACGGCCUGAAGAAGCUUCGCAAUGCCUUCAUCAUCAUUGUCGGCGUCGGCGGUGUCGGUUCUCACGCCGCAGCCGCCCUCGCCAGAUCCGGAGCUGGAAAACUGCGCAUCAUUGAUUUCGAUCAAGUCACUCUGUCGUCUCUGAACCGUCACGCUGUAGCCACCCUCGCAGACGUGGGAACACCAAAAGUACAUUGCUUACGCAAACGCCUCGAGCAAAUCACUCCCUGGACGCACUUUGACUGCCGCAACGAACUCUUCGUGGGAUCAACCGCCGAAGCCCAACUCGCGCCUUGGACCUCAGAUGGUCACAAGCCGGACUUUGUCAUCGAUGCCAUUGACAAUAUCGAUAGCAAAGUUGACUUGCUGGCGUAUUGCCACACCCACAACAUCCCAGUCAUUUCCUCCAUGGGCGCGGGCUGUAAAUCAGACCCUACACGCGUGUUUCUGGGUGAUAUCUCCACCAGUACCGACGAUCCUCUUUCUCGCUCUACACGCCGCAGACUACGCAUGAGAGGCAUCAAAGAUAAUAUCCCCGUAGUCUAUUCCUCUGAAAAGACCGCACCUGGAAAAGCCCAACUGCUUCCUCUGUCCGACGAAGAACACGCCAAAGGCAGUGUCAAUGAACUAGGCGUGUUGCCUGAAUUCAGAGUCAGGAUAUUGCCCGUGUUGGGAACGAUGCCAGCCAUCUUUGGUCUUUGCGUGGCUAAUCACGUCAUGCUUGCUCUCAGUGGCUAUCCUCACGAAUACCUACCCUCAAAAUCUAGGGACAAAAUGUAUGAUGGCAUUUUGGCUUCUCUGCAAGGAUCCGAAGAGAGAGUGGCAAGACAUAUGUCUAUCGAUCCUCUUGGCUUACGCAUCCCCAUCACCCAAGACGACGUGGGUUAUGUGGUUGAAGAAGUCUACCGUGGUCGCAGUGUCGUCAGUGGACUGGCUAGUCGAUUGGCACUUUGCCGUUGGCGCAAGCCUGAGAGCAAUUUCAUCGAUACGUCGGUGCAAGGGCAGAAGAGUUCGAGUAUUGCAGUGAAGGAUUUGGUUUGCAUGACCAAGGAUGAGGUUGCUCAGCAUGAAAAGUUGGUGUUGAAGGGGGAUAAGACGCCGGAGGAGGUGUACGAUGCUAAAGUUAUCAAGUUGGUUGAGGAGAGGAUGAAGGAGGAGGCAAAGUAUCGUGAUUUGAGGUAG